CUGGCUAGUAAUGGUUUGACGAGGCGUGUGUUUAACGUGGUUACGUUUUGUGGCAAUAUCGGCAUUUAUUUCGCUAUAGUCUGUACCAUUACCUUUGAAUGAUCUCUUCUGAUCCACCUAUUAACAUAAUUCAUUCAGCUCGACGUGACUAUGUGCUAGAGCAAGAAUACGUCGUCAGAUGCGCGCCAAUAUAUCAUCGCAAUUCGGCUUCAACUCAGACCCAUUCAUUAAUUUUUGCGGGUAUUAUACAUACGUGAGAUAGAAACGGAAACAAACAAGGUAAUCUCAAAGUGAAGGUAGCCGUUUUCCAUCGAUCAUCAUCGACCGGUAUAUCACAUAUCGUCUUGUGACUUUAAACCGAAAGUCAAAAUGGCAGCUACAACAACUCUAAACCUUCUGAAAUGUGGACAACUGAAAUUAUUCCCUGCUGCUCCGCAUAUUAUAAAACAUAGCCAUAAUAAUAUCACAAGGACUGUCUCAAACUGUAGAUCGCUCUAUAGUUGUUCCAGGCGGAACUCGUACCCGCUUCCAUUGUACCCACCACACGUGAGGUCAUUUGCAUCUAGUUCCGUACUCUGGCAGGAUGCCGCAUCAUACAGGUCGGAGCUGUCAAAAUGCAAGAAGAUUGUAAUCAAGCUAGGAAGUGCUGUACUUACUCGCGGCGAUGAAUGUGGUCUUGCUCUUGGAAGAUUGGCAUCCAUCAUUGAACAGGUAGCAGAGUUGCAGAAUGCAGGCUAUGAAAUGAUGGUCGUAACAAGUGGAGCUGUUGCCUUUGGUAAGCUGCGAUUACGACAGGAAGUGUUGUUAUCGCAAAGUAUGCGAGAAACACUGUCAAACCGAGCAGACAAUAAGGGGCAGAUUAUGUUGGAACCGAGGGCGUGUGCUGCAGCCGGUCAGAGUGGUUUGAUGGCGCUGUAUGAAGCGAUGUUUUCACAAUAUGGUGUAACUACAGCACAGGUUUUAGUAACAAAACCUGAUUUCUAUCAUGAUUACACCAGAAACAAUUUACGAGGAACCAUAAAUGAGUUGGUACAGAUGAAUAUUAUACCGAUUAUAAAUGCCAAUGAUGUGGUGGCUCCACCACCUGAAAAAGAUAAGGACCUUCAAGGGGUGAUAAGUAUUAAGGACAAUGACAGCUUGGCUGCCAGGGUGGCUGUUGAGAUGGGAGCACAUCUACUCAUAAUGCUGUCUGAUGUCAAUGGUAUCUAUACAGGUCCACCAGGUGCUGAAGGGUCACUAUUAUUGCACACAUUUUAUCCUGGUGAUUCCACCAAUAUUGUGUAUGGUGCUAAAUCCAGAGUUGGUCUGGGAGGCAUGGAAUCAAAGUUAAAAACAGUUUUGUGGGCUUUGGAUAGAGGGACGUCCGUUGUCAUAGCCAAUGGUAUGACAUUGGAUAGUACUAUAUUGAAAACAGUGCAGGGUAGAAAGAUUGGCACAUUCUUCACUGGCGCCAAACCGACUGGUAUUCCCAUUGAAGUGCAAGCUAUGAAUGCGCGAGAUGGCGGCAGAGAUUUACUGGCUUUAACGGCAGACCAGAGAGCUGACAUUAUUAAUAGACUGGCUGAAUUGUUGAUUGAAAGACAAGACAAAAUUUUAUCUGAAAAUAAAAAGGACUUGGAACUAUCUAGAAGACAAGGAGACUUAACACCUCCCAUGCUUGCCCGACUUUCUCUGAGUCCAACAAAACUACGAAGUCUAUCUGACGGUCUACGACAGAUUGCGGCCAGCUCUCACAACAAUGUGGGUAGAAUUGUAAAAAAAACGAAAAUAGCAGAUGGAAUGGAACUAACCCAAGAAACUGUACCUAUCGGUGUUCUACUGGUUAUCUUUGAAUCUCGCCCAGAUGCUCUUCCCCAGGUUGCUGCCCUAGCUAUAAGCAGUGCUAAUGGUUUACUCUUGAAAGGUGGUAAAGAAGCAGCCAAUAGUAAUGCAUAUCUGCAUAGUCUAGUGCAAGAAGCUCUGUCGAUACAUGCACCUAAAGAUGCUGUGCAAUUGGUUGAAACACGAGAAGAAGUUAACGAUCUACUGGAAUUGGAUGAUUUAAUUGAUUUAGUUAUCCCACGAGGUUCUAACGAGUUGGUACGCAAGAUACAGAACGAGAGCAAAGGUAUCCCUGUCCUUGGACACAGUGAAGGUAUAUGCCAUGUCUUCAUAGAUAAAGCCGCUGACCCUCAAAUGGCAAUCAAGUUAGUGAGAGAUUCCAAGUGUGACUACCCAGCAGCUUGUAACGCCAUGGAAACCCUUCUAAUUCACCAAGAUCAUAGGCACACAAAAUUAUUUGAAGAUAUCCUAGACAUGCUGAAGGCGGAACAUGUGAAAUUUCAUCCUGGUCCUCGACUAGCCAAAUCAUUAAAGUUUGGACCAUCAGAAGCGCAGUCGAUGCAUGUGGAGUACAGUGGCCUGGAAUGUGCAGUAGAAGUUGUAGAUGACGUUGACGAAGCUAUUCAUCAUAUCAAUAAACAUGGCAGCUCACAUACUGACAGUAUAGUCACAGAAGACCAGGAAACUGCAGAGCGGUUCUUGCAUGGGGUUGACAGCGCAUGUGUGUUCCAUAAUUCCAGCACCAGAUUUGCAGAUGGAUAUAGAUUUGGCUUAGGCGCUGAAGUUGGAAUAAGUACAUCUCGUAUUCAUGCACGAGGACCUGUCGGAGUGGAGGGCUUACUAACAACAAAAUGGAUUUUACGAGGUGCUGGGGAUGGAGUGCAGGAUUUUGCAGAAGGUGGACUCAAGAAAUUUAUUCAUGAAGAAUUAUAUUAAAAAAAGAAAUAUUUUAAACAAACUAAUUACUAUAUAAAAUUAACAAAUUAACCACUGCCCAAAUUUGUGCAUGUAUUAUCAUUUUUUUUUCUCAUAUAUUUUUGUCCCCAAAUUACAAAAAUGCUGAAUCGUCAAUAGCUUUGCAUAUACGUCAUUCAUUAUUUUAUUUUUAACCCAUUGUCAAUGUUUGGCACCGUGCUACACAAGGAUUUUGUAUAGUUGUCUUCUUCCCCCAUGAAAUGUUGAUAAAAAAAGCAAUAUCUGGAACUGUUUGUAUCGUCCAACAUAAUGAUGAAAUUUAGUGACAGUUUCACAAACUGUUAAAAUAUUGUCAAUGAAUUCUGGUGGAAAAAUAUCAGUCAUUCAAAGGGUUGAGUAUCGCUAGUCAAAUCAAUGCUAUUAUUAC